GGCAGUCAGUCGCUUCUAGGCUUUUGUCGGGAGUGGACCGCCAUUUUGCGUUCCUGUUAAUUAUUCAAUAUCGCAUUAAAUUUUUAAUAUAUUAUUAUUAUUAUUAUUAAAAUAAAUAAAAGUUCAUUAACUGAGUGCGUGAAUCUGUUUGAUAAAUUAUUUUAUUUAAAAUCAGUGUUUAAAUUUAAAAAAAAUUUUAAUUUAAAUAUAAAUUGCCGCAGUUAUUUUUAAAAAAAAUAUUCUUUAGUAUUUUAAAAUAAAAAAAAAUAGGUGCAGUGAUUUAAAUAAAGUAGUAAUUAGCAUCUUGAGUGCGGAGUUUCGGAGCACGUUUUAUAAAAUCACGAGCUAAAGCGUCACUUUGUGUCUCACUCGCACUCAUUUCGCGCGGAAUCUUCUCCGCCUGGUGGCUCUGUCAUACCGGCAGACAUUUAUCGUCUUUACAAUCAAAUUUCCCGCUCUUAAUAUCACCGGUUAUAAGUUUUAAUUAAAUAAAACAAAGUGUAUACUAAAGAAAUAAAAUAAAUAACUGGGUUUGAUGAUCUCUAAAUGGCGGUAAGUUUGAAUGCGUGUGCAGUGUUGGCGGUAUUUUCAAAUUUACAUACGAUUUAAUAAAGUGCGGAUCUUUUGUGUGUGUGGUCUGUCAUGCCCGACAUGACAAUUGUCUCGUGAGUGCAAAAGGAUCUAUAAUUUAUAAAAAAACACAUACUUGAGAUUUUAAAAGUAGAACCAUAACACUUGGACAUGUAUCCAAGUGCUGGAAUAAAUGCCGCUGCUGUUGCUGCAGCAGCAGCCGCCCGACAUCCGGGUCCACCACAACCAGGACAACCAUUUAAGUUUACAGUUAUCGAUUCCUGUGAUCGUAUAAAGGAGGAAUUUAAUUUUCUACAAGCCCAAUACCACAACCUUAAAUUGGAGUGCGAGAAACUGGCCAGUGAAAAAAUAGAGAUACAGAGGCAUUACGUGAUGUAUUACGAGAUGUCGUAUGGACUCAAUGUGGAAAUGCAUAAACAGACGGAAAUUGCCAAGCGGUUAAAUGCCAUCAUAGGACAGAUCUUGCCAUUUUUGUCACAAGAACAUCAUCAGCAAGUGGCCAGCGCUGUUGAACGAGCUAAACAAGUCACAAUGACUGAACUCAAUGCAAUUAUUGGCCAACAGAGGCCCGACUUGCCGAGGCUGCUGCAACAAAUGCACGCCCAGCAAAUGCCACCGGGUGCCGCGAUGGGUCCACACCCUGGAAUGCCGGGAUUACCGGGCCUGGGACCUGGCGGUCUCCAAGUUCCUACCUCAGCAUCAGCGGCACUUCUAGGCCUAGGAUUGCCACCUGGUGGAUCUGCACCUGGAGGUGGCAAUGCUCAUCUGUCGAUGCUCACUAAGCCUGAUCUCCAUCGCGGCCAGUCUGAAGAUUUGAAGCCCAACGGCGGUCUCAAUUCCGAGGAAAGACAUAGAAAUUCAAUAUCUCCAGCGGAACGUGAAAAAUACAGCAGACCGAGGAGUACACCAGAUCCCGGCCAUCAUGAUCACAUGCACAUUAAAAAAAUGAAGAAAGAACAAGACAAAGAUAUUGGACAUCAAAGCGACGGUGAAAAAAGCGACCAGGACUUGGUAGUGGACGACGCGAGUGAAGGAGCGGCGAGUCCACCGGCAAAUGGAACCUCGUCACCGCGAGAAAACGGAAUCGACAAAAUGGGACCCUCGGUGGGUUUGAUGAGCAGUCAAAUGAAGAAGGAAAUACCGCCGCAGUCGCCAAAGAGCGGAACUAGCAGCAACGCGAGCACUCCCUCGGCUAAAAAGAUGGAGGAGCGCGAGAAACCUACUACACCGAUAUCGAAACCUGUGACACCGACCUCAGCGGGUGGCAGCAGUUCGGGCUCGGGCGGUCUCAAACCCAGUGGUUCAAACAAACCUCUGGUAUCAGCAUCAGCUGUCGGUCCUUACCCUUCACAUUACCCACCGCCUCACCAUCCGCCAGCUGGACCGCACGUUGAAAUGCUCGGAUACCCACCGGGUGCACUCAAUGGAUACCCGACGAGACCUCCUCUUCAGCAGCUUUAUGAUCCCCAUGGUGCUAUGAGAGCGCCACUAGGUCCAAUUGGAGUUCCUGGCGGCAAACCAGCUUACAGUUUCCACGUUUCGAGUGAGGGUCAAAUGCAACCGGUGCCCUUUCCGCCCGAUGCGUUAAUAGGACCAGGGAUUCCACGUCACGCACGGCAAAUAAACACUCUCACUCACGGCGAGGUUGUGUGCGCGGUGACAAUCUCCAACCCCACCAAGUACGUCUACACCGGAGGCAAGGGUUGCGUUAAAGUCUGGGACAUUAGCCAGGGUGGCAGCGGUAGCGCUAAACCUGUUUCCCAACUCGACUGUCUCCAACGCGACAACUACAUCAGAUCAGUAAAACUUCUGCCCGACGGCCGAACGCUCAUCGUCGGUGGCGAAGCUAGUAACCUCAGUAUCUGGGACUUGGCGAGUCCGACACCUAGAAUAAAGGCCGAGUUGACGUCCGCAGCACCUGCUUGCUACGCUCUCGCAAUAUCCCCCGACUCCAAAGUCUGCUUCAGCUGCUGCAGCGACGGCAACAUCGCCGUCUGGGAUCUGCAUAACCAGUCUCUCGUCAGACAGUUCCAAGGACACACAGACGGUGCCUCCUGCAUAGACAUCUCCGCAGACGGGUCCAAACUCUGGACCGGUGGUCUCGACAACACCGUAAGAUCUUGGGACCUCAGAGAGGGCAGGCAGCUCCAGCAGCACGACUUUACCUCCCAGAUAUUCUCCCUGGGCUACUGUCCCACCGGCGAGUGGCUCGCCGUCGGCAUGGAAAACUCAAACGUCGAGGUCCUCCACGCAAACAAACCCGACAAGUACCAAUUACACUUACACGAGUCUUGUGUCCUGUCGCUGAGAUUUGCCUCCUGCGGCAAGUGGUUCGUCUCCACCGGCAAAGACAAUCUACUGAACGCGUGGCGUACGCCUUAUGGUGCCUCCAUAUUCCAGUCUAAGGAAUCAUCAUCAGUAUUAAGCUGCGAUAUAUCCACAGAUGACAAGUAUAUUGUCACCGGAUCAGGAGACAAAAAGGCAACCGUAUAUGAAGUGAUAUACUAAAAUAAAUAUUGUUAAUAUACCUUCGAUACGCUUGUUAUAUUUAUAGACUUUAGUUAUUAUUUAUAAUAAUAAUAAUAAUACUAAUAAUAAUAAUAAUAAUAAUAAUAAAGGAUCUACAUUGAUAUACUAUAAUAAUAAUAGCGGGUAAAUAAACUCCCAAAGUGAUAAAUAUGCUCGGUAUCUAUUUUAAAGUAGACCAAUUAAGGUCAGAGACACAUUUAACCCGUGAGGUUUUUUUUCUGACUCAAUAAUUAUCACCCCCACCUUUACUUCAGUCUCUCUAUUUAAAUCCGAGCAGUUUAUUUUAUUGAUGAAAGCAUAAAUCGACAACACGAAUCACCGUUAUUUAUAAAUAUAUUGAUGAAUAAUUAAAACAGUGGGAUAAUCGUGAUAACGCCCGAUGUAAUAUAUAGAAUUUUAACCAAGUGAGAUUGUAAGGGCACAUAAUUAUUAAAAUCAGAUUUAAAUAAAUAGUUGUCUAUUAGAAGUAAAUAAAUAUAAGUGAGGAGUUGAGUAAAUUAACGACACGUGUAUUAUAUUAUAAAUACUUACAAUCAUAAGAUUAAUGUGACGAUUUGUUUAUAAUUACACAUAUAUAUAAAAUAAAUAUAUAUAUUUAAAGUAGAAUCAUAUUAUGGAUAAAUUAUAAAUAUAAAUUUUCUUACUAAUUCGAUUAUAUAAAUUUAAUAAAUUUUAGUAAAGGCCUAAUUUUAUUGCUCGGUUUUAGACAAAAAAAAAUGAUUACUAGAAUUGUGGCUGAUUAAUAAAAUAUAUAAAAUUUUACUUAUAAAUAUUUUUCUCGCUUUUUUUAUUUUAAAAAAAUUUAAGUUUUUGUUUUUAAUUCGAAAAUCCAAACGAUCCAAAACUCGGCAUUUUUAAAAAUCGCCAGGAAAAAAUAAAUUUAAGUCAAAGUAAAUUUAAAAAAUUCUGAUUUUUUAAAAAAUUUCCAUGUCUUAGAAAAAAUUAAUUAUGAUCUAAAUCUAUUUUAAUUUACUGAUCAAUUUAGAUCUUAAAUUUUUUUUUCCUCAAUUUUGCUAAUGGACUAAUUUUUUUUGACCAUAAAUGGGUCAAAAAAAUUACAGGGACAUGAUUUUGAAUGUAAAUCCAACAUUCAACCCUACAAUAGGAUGGGCCGAAAAUCCGCUUUUUUUUAAUUUUCAUUAUUAAUACCAAAAAUAUUAUUCCUCGUACAAAAAAAAAAUUUUUCGGAAAUAAAAAAAAAUUUUAGGUCGAUCUAAGGCUCGCCAAAUCCCGCUUGUUAGAAGUUGUUUAAAAUUUUUUUUCUAACAUAUUUUGAUCGGAAAUUUAAUUCUCUACAAAAAAGGUCCUAUAAUAAAAUUACGUAAAGUUGAUAGUUACUCAGAUAAUUGCAAUUUUGCUCUAAAAGAUGAAAUUUUUCAAGGUAAAAAAUAAAUUUUAUCAUAUAAAUUUCAUAGGAAAUUCAAUUUUCUACAAAACAGACCUAAUAAAAAUUUAUUAAAAGUUGAUAGUUACAAAGAUAAUAGCAAUUCUUGGUGAAAACUACCAAAUAACGAGAAAUGUGACAUAAAACUAAACAUAAAACUGCCAGUUUCUGAAUAACUAUAAAUUUCAAGUUUUUACCAGAAGACCAAUUUUGUAAGAAAUUUGAUUUUCCAUGAAAUUUAUAUGAUAAAAUUCAUAUUUUACCCUGAAAAAGUGAUAAUAUCUUGAAAAAUUAUAUUUUUUAGAACAAAAUUGCAAUUAUCUCAGUAGAGAAUUAAAUUUCCGAUCAAAAUAAGUUGGAAAAUUUUUUAAACAACUUCUAACUUUAACGGGAUUUGGCGAGCCGAAGAUAUCGACCCAAAAUUUUUUUUGUUUUUCGAAAAAUUUUUUUUUUGUACAAAGAAAAAUAUUUUUGGUAUUAAUAAUGAAAAUUAAAAAAAAGCGUAUUUUCGGCCCACCCUACCCUACAAUGACUAAAAUCCAUCAUUGAAAAAAAAAUAAAAAUGCCCGAGUUUAGGAAAAUGUUCAAAAUUUUUUUUUCAAGUAACAAAGAAACAAAAAAAAUAAAAAAUAAAAACAAAUAGUUCCCCGAGGCCUCUACAAGGUACAUAUAGAUGAUGCAAAGCGCGUGAUACAAAAAAAAUAUAUAUAAUACCGUAUAUUUAUAUUUUGUUACAGGAAUAAAUAAAAAAAAAUAAAA